UUUAUCUCGAUAAAUAUUGUUACCGAGCUUCAUUCGCAAGUUCGUUCCCAAAAUGUGUGUGGCUGUAAAUUUUCGAGGGUUCAGACUUUCUGUUGGUGCUGUUUUUAGCUCUGAAUGUAUGGAUGGUCAGUGGAGACAGAGAUGAUAGACGUUCCGCUCAAAAAGAGAAAUGUCCUGCUGAUGCUCGAGAGGAGUGGAGUUACAAUGGUUUGAAUGGUCCUCAAUACUGGGGGAAAACUUUUCGACAAUGUAACGGCAGAAGGCAGUCUCCUGUCAAUAUCAAGUAUGAAGACGUGAUAGAAGAUCCCUAUCUAAAAAAACUAUCUUUCAAAAAUUACAGUAAACCGAUCUCAAGAGCUAGGGUUCGAAACACGGGUCGCACUGUGGAAAUUACUCCACAAGAUGGCGUACAAAGAUCCAUAGAAGCUAAUGGCGAGUUAUUUACUUUACAAGACCUGCAUUUCCACUGGGGAACUGACAAAAACAAAGGUUCCGAACAUGCUACGAACGGCGUACUUUACGCAAUGGAGCUUCAUUUGGUUCACAGAAACAGAAAAAAUGAAGUUGCUGUUGUUGCUGUGAUCAUGGAGGAAUAUUCCAGCGACAAUCGAGACUUGAAACUUGUCGUCGAUACUUUGCCCAGACUCCAGUAUAAAAACUAUAGCACCAACCUUGCUUCCGGAUUCAAACUGAGCAACCUGUUGCCAAGCAAUCCUGCGACUUUCUACCGUUAUGAAGGGUCCUUGACCACGCCCCGUUGCGAUGAAGGAGUUAUUUGGUCAGUCCUGAAGAAACGCAUUUCUAUUGGGAAAUCUCAGAUAACCAAGUUCCGACAGCUGAAAUCUGCUGACGAUUCGAGAGAAAAUGUCAACUGCACUCUAGUGAAUAAUUACAGAUCAGUGCAGUCUUUGAAUGGUCGCAAAAUAUUUUUGUCAAACUGAUUUUUUUUUUUUUU